GGGAGACAGGGAGGAGCGUCUGCAGACAGGGGAGCUGCAGGUCUCCCAAAGGCCAUGGUGAGCCUCCAGCCCCCCUGGGUCAAUGUGCUCGAGGAGGACAACGUGACUCUGAGCUGCCAGGGGGCCCACAGCCCUGGGGACCACUCCACCCUGUGGUUCCGUGAUGGGACCCCCCUCCUGACCCAGGUCCAGCCCAGCUACAGCUUCAAGGCCAGCAGCAAAGACAGCGGGGACUACACGUGCCAGACCGGCCAGGCCAGCCUCAGCGACCCUGUGCAUCUGGAUGUGACUUCCGGUCAGUGGAGGAGGCCGGGAGGGUCUGGAGGACGAUGCUGUGGACUCUGCUGACCUGGCACAGGGCUUCUAGGAAAGGGGGUGGCCGUUUUCUGGGAAGCAUGACUGUGAGCUGUUGGAAGUAGU